AUGAACGAAGCAAAUUAUUAAGCAGAGAACUUUAAAGGUUUUGCUGAGAAGCAAUUUAAUCAAGAUGGAUAGAAAUAAAUUUUCGGGAAUCAUAAUUAAAAUUAAAUGCACAAUGUACUUAGGUAGUCUUAUUCAGCCACUAUCAAUGGCAGUUCGCCAAUGGUUAAAACCACAAGCCAAAUUUAUUAAGCGAAGACUGGUCAUAGUUCUUAGCAAGUCAAGGAUCUGACAAAUAUUAAGAAAUUAUUUAACAAUAAGCAAUACGAGUAGGCUCUUGAAAGCAUUGAGAAAUAUUUAUCUCUUUAUGACCCUAAGAAUCCGCAUUACAUUUAAGGAUAGGAAAAUAAUUUGAGUAGCAACAGCAAUAACAAUCUCAAUUAAAAUUAGAUGAAUGGGAUAAACAGCAGCAGCAAUCAUAGCAGCAGUCAAAAUUUAGAAUCUGAUGAUAAAAUGGAUAUUGAAGAUAAAAAUAAGGAGAAAGAAAAUGAAAUUAUCAUGCUCAUUCAAACUAAAAGCGACUGUUUCCUUCAUUUAAAUAGAAACGAAGAAUUUUUCCGUUGUCAAGACCAGAUAUUUGCUAGAGACAAUUCUUAAACAAAAGUUUUCAUAAAUAAAGGAAGCAUUUAUUAUUAAGUCAAAAGAUAUAAAGAAAGCUUGGAUGAAUUUAAAAAGUAUGUUGAACUCGUUCAUAACGAUUUUGAGGCAUACUAUUGGAAAGGUUUAGUUGAGGAAAAACUUAAAUUGCAUCAAGACGCACUCAAUAGUUUUGAAUAGUCAUUAUUCAUAAAUCCUAACUAAAUUAAAGUUGUACAAAAGAAAACUUCGCUGCUAGCAACACUUUAAAGAUAUGAAGAAGCAAUCGAAAAUCAAAGAAAAGUUAUCCAAUAUUUUGAACAUAAUAGGAACAAGUAAAAUACAAAAUAAAUGUACUAGCAUUACUUCAUGAUGGGCAAAUUGUAUUUCCAUAUGAAUAGAGUGCAAGAUUCUUACACCUAUUUAGAAAAAGCAAUUUCAGAGCGCAGCGAUCACUCGGAAACUUAUUUCUACUUGGGAGAAUGUUUCCGCCUUACAAACUAAUUGGAAAAUGCUAUUGAGUGUUAUGAAAAAGCCGCACUAUACGAUUCUAAUAACGAUAUGGCGAUGUAAAGAAGAGAAGAAGUGCAAAAAAGAUUAAUACAAGAAUAACCAAGUAAAGCAUAAUAUAUAUAGUAAUCUUCUUCUUAAAUGAUAGAAGAAGAAGCCUAAAUAAUUACUUUAGAUGAUAUAAAAAAAGAUAUAGAGCAACUUGAAUAAGGUAAACGAAGUCAGAUAUAAAAAAUAAAGGAAGGAAAAGGUGUAGACUGUGAUGCUUUUGAACUAGAAAGUACUCGUACACUAGUUUAGCAAUACUCCCUUAAUCUAGCUGCUUUUAAGAGUUUUCUCAGAGUUUAAGAUUAAAUUGAUAGAGCCUCAACCUAUUCUAACAUGAUGUCUUCCAAAUUCAAACCAGUUUAAUAGCCUCAACUCAUAUAAGAGAAAGACGAUGACAGUGAAGAUAACUCUCAAAAGUAAAUUAAAACCCAUUCUAAAUAAAAAAGUCUGUUUAUGUCAAGUAAGAAUUAAAAAAACUUUAAUUAAUUUUGA